UUAAGCAUUCGUCUUCCUCCAUGUAAUCAAGGUUAAAAGGCAAGUAUUGCUUACAUGGUAAAUCUAGGUUUUUAGACUUAUUUACAUCAUACAAUAUUAAAAACUCCUCUUCUGACAAAAGAUUGUCAUUUAAUGCCAAAAGCAAUCCUUCUCUUGCUUUUUUAAAUGACAUUUUUUUGUAUCUCAAUAAAUGAAUUAAUGCUGCGUUGCGCUGUCCUGUUUACCGUUGCUUAGUGAUUUUUACGUUCUUGGCUACGGCGGUGUGACAGCAAACGUCCGGUCGCUGUAGCCGUUCCAUUCGCAGCUGUUGCUUAAAGUCCCUAUUUCGUGAGAUUAAACUCCGCUGUUUUAGCAAACAUCCUGUUUCCAUGGUAACUUUGGAACUACUAGAAGCGCCGCUUGAUUACGUCAUAGAACAGGUAUACGCGCUUAGAAACGAUCAGUACAGACCACAGAAACAGACGCCAGCUCAUUUAGAUAGACUGUAUAUUGAUUUAUAGACCAUCUGUACAGACACAGAGUGAAGUGCUGGGAUUUGAAGGGAUCUGAAGAUAUGACUGAGCCAGCAGGAAGCAGCAGUGGGAAUGAUCAGGGAGGCAUGGACACUUCUCCUACAACCACUGAGAAGACCAGCCCAACAGAAAAUACCAAAGUGAGGAAGAGCAACAAAAUCUGUGCAUUCUUCCGAAGAAGAUGGAAGGCUGUGAAAAAAAUCUUCCAGAAAAACAGAGUGGCGCCCAUUGGGAGCUCAGCACAGCCUGAUCCAGAAACAGUAUGUGUCCCAGGUCCAAGCGAUCCUAAACCAGAACUUCAGAUGGAUCUGGUCGAAGCAGAGCAAUUGUGUGUCCCAGGUCUAGUCUGUCUUAAAACAGAACAGCAAGUGGAAACAGAGCUUUCAAUAUUACAAAUGUAUAUCCCACAAAGUGCGAUCCAACUUCAGGAUCGCUUGGAGCAAUGUACACUGGACUGGACACCUAUCACCGAGGUCUGGUGCAAUGUCUUCAUUGGAAAUGAGGAGACAGCAAAGGACCGAGCAAAACUGAAAGAGAUGGGUAUAACCCACAUCCUGAACGCUACAGCAAGUGAGGAAGAUCUUUAUGGAAAGAUCAGUUCAAGGGAGGAAUAUUACCAAGGUAUGAACAUCACUUACUACAAUGUGCCUGCAGUGGAUGAAGUCUUGUUUGACAUCAGCAAGUACUUCUUCCCAGCUGCGGAAUUCAUCCACAAGGCCCUGAGUAACCCAGAGAAUAAGGUGUUGGUGCACUGCAUACAUGGUGUCAGCCGCUCUGCCACACUUGUCCUGGGAUACCUGAUGAUUUACCAUGACAUGAUGGUGGAGGAUGCCAUUGACCAUGCCACAAACGUGAGAUGGAUUGGGCCCAACGUGGGCUUUUUGAAUCAGCUGACAGUCCUCAAUUCAGAUCUUGUAGAGCAGCAAAAACUACAAUUAAGAAAGCAGUUAGACAAAUCUAAAGAAACAAGGUUUUGAAACAAGGUUUUGAAGCCUGUUUUAAAGCCCCAGGCCCAAAACAAGAACCUCAAGGUAAAACAGAACUUUUGCUGUUAAAAAAGCAUGGACUGGACACCUGUCACUGAGGUCUGGCCCAAUGUCUUCAUAGGAAAUGAGUGUUGGUGCACUGCAUAGAUGGUGUCAAAAGAUCUCCCACACUUUCUGAUGAUUCACCAUGACAUAAUGUUGGAGGAUGCCAUUGACCAUGUCAUAAAGGUGAGACGUAUCAGGCCCAACAUGGGGUUCUCGAAGCAUCUGAUAAUCCUCAAUUCAGAACUUGUAAG